CUCCCCUCCAACCCGGAAGUUUUGAAUCUUUUAUUUCUGUGGGCUCCGAGUUUCAUCCCGCGGAGAUAAAAUCCUCCAGGUCGGCGGGGGAGAGUUUUGCCCGUUAAGAUCUCCGGGUUUGAGUCCGGCCUGCAGAACUGAUGUCCGGCUUCGACCUCGUCCCGGUGCACGGCGGGGAUCCGGUCCACCUGCCGCCGGGGGAGACGGUACUGGGCCGGGGUCCCUUACUGGGAAUCAGUGAUAAGCGAGUAUCCAGACACCACGGGCUGCUGGAGAACCUGGACGGACAGCUGCGCCUCAAACCCACCCACCUGAACCCGUGUUUCGUCCAGUCGUCCCUGACCGACGAGCCCCGCCCCCUGAUGAAGGACUGCUGGCACCGGCUGCAUCAUGGCGAGCUGUUCUCUCUGCUGCUGGGUCACUACAUCUACCGGGUGGAGGCGGUGGGCGGAGAGGAGCACACUUCCAGAAACGCUCAGAUGUUCGAGGAAGAGGAGAAUCCUUCAGAUGAUGGACGAGGGCAGGAACCACCAGCAGCUCUGUCAGACCAGACCGAGAGUCCCAGCAGGACUUUCAGACAAGACGUUCAGAAUGACGUCGCUGCCCCUCGGAGAAGGGUUUUACCUGCCUGGAUGAUGGCGGCUGUCGCUUCCUCCCCUCUGAAAGCUGUAAAAAGAAGUAAACAACCUGCAGCAUCUAAACUGGCUGCUACCACACAGGCCCCGCCCACUGCAACAUCCUCACCUGAGGGACCGGAGCUCAGUGAGGAGGAAGAUGAGAAGAAGAGGCCGAGGAAGAAGAUGAGAGAGAUGUGUGAUGAAGAAGAGAAAAAAGCUCAGAUUAAAGCAAAAGGCCCAGAAAAGCUUCUGGGAGGGGACCAGAAUAAAGCCAGCAGGCACGAGGUCAGCAGCCGGUCCAACAUCAACAUGGAGGCGCCAGCGGAUGGAAAAGGAGGCUCUUUGACCUGGAAGCCUGAUGUCAGCCAAUCAGACGAGGACAUAAAGUCAAGAAACACAGAAAACACCGAAGGAUCAGAGUCUGACAGGUCCACCGGGAGAUCUGCGUCCGUCCCUGCUCCGUCCAAACCCCAAGUCCGAACACCCUGUCCCUACGGGAAGGACUGCUACAGGAAAAACCCGCUUCAUUUCCAGGAGUGCAGUCACCCUGGUGACACCGACUAUGAGGAGGAGGAGGAGGAAGAGGAGGCGGACCGACCCGAGUGUCCAUACGGCACCAGCUGCUACAGGAAGAAUCCUCUUCACAGGAAGGAGUUCAGACACACGUCCAGACCAGCUCGAUCGACUCGAACCGUCACCAAAGCCGCUCCUGAUGAAGACGAAGACGAGUAUGAGGACAGCUUCAUCAACGACGACAGCGAGGACAUCUGCAAUGACUCCGACUACGUCCCUCCUGUCUCCGACGACAGCGACAAGGAGGACGUCCAACGGCUGCAGAGAGAAGCCAAGGCCUUUCUGAAGAGGAGCAAGUAGAGGGAGUAGCAGAAAGAUGGAGGAAGAUGAAAAUGGGGGAGGAGGAAGAUGGACUUUUUUCCUUUUUGUGUUUAUUUGAAAGUUUUUCUCUGAGCAGGUGGAGCGAAUCUCAAACACGAUUAUUAAGUUUGAGUUAAAUUUGACCAAAUCAGGGAUGAAGGGAUCAAAUCCAGAUUAAGAUGCCGAGGGGGAGUUUUCUGCCAUCUCUGCGGUAACGAUCACCAUGACAACAGAGUCUGUCAGGAAACAGGAGGUGUUUCAGGCUUCUGGUGUCUGAACUAAAUCGCUGGAAAUAUUCAAUUAUUUUCAAGAAACUGAAAAGUGUCUUUUCAUUUUAUCGUCUGUAAAUAUUUUCUACCUGAUUUUCUGGGAUUUCAGUAGAAAAAUAAACCUCUGCUGUCCUGUUUUUACUGCACAUUUCAGGUUCAUCUGUUAACUAAAACUCAGAUGUUUCUAACCUCGGAUUCUACAGAUUUGAUUCUUCACAGCUUCCUGUUAUUUUCCACAUUUUCUAUAAAUUAGUUUUUUUAACAGCAGUUUCACAUUUAGUCAUGUCCUUAUUCCUACAUUUAUUACCACAUUUCACAUCCAGCAGGCUGUCUUCUUUCUUCUUUUUAGUGGCUUUAAACAAUAAAUCUACCAAACAUUUUA